GCCAGACACUUGGCACGUAGAAUUGUUCGCUCCUGUGUACACUGCGUUCGCUACAGACCGAAACUGCUACAACAACUCAUGGGCUCAUUACCGCCUACGCGACUCGCUCCGGCUCGACCCUUUGAACGCUGUGGAGUUGACUUUUGUGGACCCAUCAACACAUAUCUACGCAUUCGAGGAAAGGGACCUACAAAAGCAUACAUAGCCGUGUUCGUUUGCCUUCUCACCAAGGCCGUUCACAUUGAAGUAGUCUCUGAUUUGUCAACAAAGGCGUUCUUAAACGCAUUGAAACGGAUGGGAGGUCGUCGCAAGCUGCCGACAGACAUCUUCUGCGAUAAUGCCACUAACUUUGGCACCUCAUUUCGGAGGCCUUUGGGAAGCGGCAGUCAAGAGUGCAAAGGGGCUGUUAAAUCGUACGCUGGCCAACACCAGGUUCACCUUCGCAGAGUUGAGCACUGUCGUCGUCGAGAUAGAAUCGAUCCUCAACUCGCGCCCGCUAUCGCCGCUUUCUUCAGACCCAAAUGACUAUAGCACUCUCACGGCUGGUCAUCUCUUGGUUGGCGAACCAUUGCGAUCACUACCUGAAAGGUCCCUCGAGAAUAUCAAGCUGUCAAGUAUGGACCGCUACGAUGCGAUUACGGCCGUCAAGCAACGGUUUUGGAAGCAAUGGUCUGCUGACUAUGUCAACGAAUUGCGAUCGCGCACGAAGUGGACAGCACCCUCAACGAACCUCACCGAGGGCACGUUGGUCACCAUCCAUGAGGACAACCUGCCACCGCUACGCUGGAAACUAGGCCGAGUGCAGUCUACUGUGCUUGGGAAGGAUGGACUUGUACGGUUGAGCUACACCAAAAAGAAGAAUGGAAACACAUCAAACCGGUCACCCUGCCCGAGCUGCAGACAAUAA